AUGAAUGUAUCUGCAAUGGCGACAUCUUCCGGUGGUCUAUUCGACGACAUGAACGUGUUGGGAGUGAUCGGAUAUGUACUGGAGCAAACCAGAUUCAUCUUCCUCGUACCGAUUCUGAAUCUGAUGGUGAAUCUAUGCCAGGUCAUCUCUCUGUUGUUGUUCAUUGACGCAGCUUAUAUGGCUAUAGUUGUAGCCAUUGUCAAAUUACGUGGACGAACACCAGAGAAAGUUCUCAAAUGGGAAUCUUUUAAGACCGAUGACGUAGAGCUAGCUCCUUCCAGCAAUCAUCCAAUGGUUCUCAUCCAAAUCCCAAUCUACAACGAAAAAGAGGUAUGCCAACUCUCGAUACGAGCGGUUUGCAAGCUAUCAUGGCCAUUGGAUCGGAUGAUUGUUCAAGUGCUCGAUGACUCAACCGAUCAACACAGUAAGGAACUGGUUGCAUUGGAGUGUAAGAAAUGGGCGAGCGAAGGUAUAAACAUAAAGUCAGAGGUUAGAGACAGUCGAAACGGGUACAAAGCAGGAGCACUCACUGCAGGAAUGAAGCAUAGUUACGUGGAAGGAUGCGAGUUUGUUGUCAUAUUCGAUGCAGAUUUUCAGCCUGAGCCAGACUUUCUUGAACGUACCGUUCCUUUUCUUGCACACAACUCCGAGAUAGCUCUUGUACAAGCCGGUUGGAAAUACGUGAAUGCAGACGAGUGUUGUAUGACAAGAAUACAAGAGAUGUCUCUUAACUACCAUUUCGCGGUGGAGCAAAAGUCUGGUUCCUCCGUACAUGGGUUCUUUGGAUUCAACGGUGAAGCAUCCAUAUCAAUGCUCUUGUGUGUGUUUUGUAUUACAGUUCGUAAUAAAGGUACGGCUGGUGUGUGGAGAAUCUCAGCUUUGACUGAAGCCGGUGGAUGGCAAGACCGCACAAUCGUCGAGGACAUGGAUUUAGCAGUUAGGGCUUACUUAAACGGUUGGAAGUUUGUGUUUGUCGACGACGUUAAGGUGAACAACGAGCUUCCGAGCUCAUUUAGAGCAUACCGGUUUCAGCAACAUCGUUGGUCUUGUGGUCCAGCGAACCUCUUCAAGAAAAUGGCCAUAGAUAUCAUCCAAAAGGAGAGAGUGUCUUUAUGGAAGAAGGCUUACUUGAUAUACAACUUCUUCUUCUUGAGGAAGAUUGUAGUACACAUCUUCACAUUCGUCUUCUACUGUCUGAUUUUGCCUGCAACCGUUACAUUCCCGGAGAUCGAAGUCCCCAAAUGGACAACUAUCUACAUUCCAGCAACCAUCACUAUCUUAAACGCUAUCGCAACACCAAAAUCAUUCUACCUCAUACUCUACUGGAUCUUAUUCGAGAACGUAAUGGCGAUGCAUAGGAGUAAAGGAACUCUCAUUGGAUUGCUAGAGACUAGUAGAGUUAAAGAAUGGGUUGUAACACAGAAACUAGGAGACACUAGUACUCUAAGACAAAACCUCAUUCCUCACUACAGCUUCCCCGAAAGACUCCGAUGGCGAGAGAUAAUGGUUGGGAUGUAUCUGUUCAUAUGUGGAUACUAUGACUUUGUGUUUGGGAAGACAUACCUUUAUGUAUACCUCUUCUUGCAGUCCAUUGCCUUCUUUGUUGUUGGAGUUGGCUACAUUGGUAUGCCGGUUCCGAGUUGA